GAUAAGUCCAAUGAGAGUGGUUUCUUCAUCAGCAGCUGGGGAGAACACACUAGGUGAAUUAGUUUGCAACAGAGCCGCUCAUGAUAUGGAAGCACCGUCUAUCCUUGCUCCGUUCUUCCUGUUGAUCGCUCACAUCAGUUCCAGUGUCGCUGAAAUCUCCUGCAGAGAUGAAGCUGGUCAACCAGUGGAUUGGUUUGCCAUCUACAAGCUGCCCAAACAUCAAGUUCAUCAAACUGUCGGGAUGGGAUUAACAUAUAUGUACUUGGAUCCUUCAACUGUAGAUUGGCAGCAGAGCAAAUACCUUGUCAAUAUGACGGAGAGUGCCCUAGGGAGAACUCUGCAUCAGCUUUACUCCACCUAUAAAUCAAAGGUCAAAGAAAGAGCAUAUUUUAUCUACAAUGAUGCUGCACCAUUAAUGCCUUAUGACGUGAAGCAUGGACACACAAAAGGUGUGUUGCUGUUCGACAAAGCCCAAGGGUUCUGGCUGAGUCACAGCACCCCAAACUUCCCUCCCUUCCCUGAGAAGGGUUAUUCAUGGCCUUCCUCUGGAAGGAAAUUUGGACAGACUCUCUUCUGUUUUACAUAUAAUUACAGCCAGAUGAUGGAAAUCGGAAGGCAGCUUUUAUAUUAUAACCCGCAUGUCUACAAUUGGUCUCUUCCUCAAAUCUUCCUGCCUGAGCUUUCAGAUCUCCGAUUUGUUGCCCACGGUAUCAGUGUUUCCAAGUCGCCAUGGAUACGUCACACCAAGCUUACAUCCACAGGGGGAGUUCGGUUUCAGAGCUUUGCAAAAUACAAGCAUUUUGAUGAUGACAUUUAUGCGGGUUGGGUUGCCCAAGCCUUGAAGACAGAUUUGCUGGCGAAAACUUGGAAUAGCAGCAAAUACGAGCUCCCUUCGAACUGCUCCCUUCCGUAUCACGUCUACAACGUGGCAAGGGUCAAACUGCCGGCGCCUGCCCUCUUUGACUCGCACAACGACCACUCCAAGUGGUGCGCUUCUCUGCAUUACUACGAACAGUGGAUCUGCAUUGGGGACCUGAAUCGGACAUUCGGCCAGAUGCAGAGAAGCGGGGGGCUUCUCUGUACACGGCACCCAAAUAUUUACAAAGCUUUCCGAAGGUCCGUAUCCUGGUACAAGAACUGUACGGACACCCAGUAGUGGAUCCAGGAGGGACAUUGAUCUCAAGGUUUAACUCGUUGCUGUAACGUAAUAGCCCUUGGAUAAUAGUUCUUUGACUGGCCUUUGCCCCUACAUGCUUGUGUGCUGCCCUGUUAAUAUGCAAAUAGCAGAUGAGCCAGGCAACAGAGAUUGUCAGCACAGUUCCCUGCUCAGCUUGAUCAUGCCCGUCACUUGGAAGCUCGUCUAAUUUAGAAAACUCAACCAGUUCCUUUUUUUCAAAAAAUUUAAAUUCUUUUGCCAUUUGUGGUUUUGUGAUUUUUUUCCCCCCUUUACCUACCCCUGACAAACUGAACUGGUGCUAUUAAAGUUUACCUAAUAUCUUGUCUAAGAAUAUGUAUUACAUAGCCCCCUUUAAGUCU